AUGCACCCUUUCUCUCCUCUACUCCGAAAAUUUGGCUUCAAGGGAGGAUUCGAAGGUGCAAACUGCCUGGUGUACCUGCCAGCUUAUAAGGUCGCCUGCUGGGGAAUUUCCACGCACGACGCGAAUGCCUUGGCACAUGAUUUCGAGAAUUUGCUGACGGAUGCGGCCUUGGCACAUGAUUAUGAGAAAUCGCUGACAGAUGCGGUUGGUGGGGCGUGGGACCAGUUCCCGGAAGAACUCCUCAGGGAAAUCCCACUUUUUCUGUGGGUAUACACAGACAUACAAUGUCUGGCGGCUUGCUCCAUUCUCUUGCGAGAUCUUGUAUACCAAAAGAAUUACUGGUCCGACAAGCACAUCAGGCUGGAUGUCCCUGAGCUUUGCCGCGACGGAGCACGCGCGUGCCGGGCACUGCACCGUUUUCGUCAAGCCAGGACUAUCACCCUGGACAUUCCGCAGCUUGCUUGGGCGGAGCGUGUGCCUCAUCACUGCCUUGCUACAUGGAGAGCACAUCAACUCAGGCUGCCUGGCGAUGAGGUCCAGGGGUGGGAGUCAUCGCACCCUCUUUUUGGAGCGGCUAGAUACUCUUUGACUUUACCUUCAAACGCCAGAACUGUGUACUUUGGCGUGAAGAGUGUUGCAUCCGAUCAGAGAGCCUACGUGAUGGUGGAAAACCCACACGACACGGACUCCGAGAUUUACGCUGGCCUGACAGGCAGUUCGCCUGUACGUCUUCCUGAUUCCAAAGCUCACAAACUGCUCAUGCCGCCAGGAACACCCAAUGUAGUUCUUCUACGAUGGAAUGCACGCAGCAUGCAGCUGGAUGUGAACGGCAAGCUCCUUUGUCGGGCAUGGCUGCAUGCCGAAGCAGAGAACGCGCCGGCGCCGUUCUCAUUCAUUUUUGUAUGGAUUUUCUUGCGGCAAGAAAGAACACAGCAGCGGCCUGUCUUGCUGCCCAUGCUGACUCCAGUGGCGUCUGACGUGCAGCCAAGGCCAAUUCUGGUGUAG